ACCUCCAACCAUGACCUCCUGGACGCCGCAGCCGACAGCUCUGCAGGAGAUCCUGCAGACUAUCCACGAAUCUACCGAUACUCGCAAUGCCGCGGUUCAGCGCACCAUAACUCACAAAUUGAACAACUUUACUCGCGCCCCGGACUACGUCGCUUACCUCGCGUAUAUUCUCUCCUCACUGCCGCAGGAGGAAGACCGUAUCCGGACCAUUGCGGGCUAUCUGCUGAAGAACAACGCCCGACUCAUCCUUCGCGCCUCUCCCGAUGUUUUGACCUUCGCAAAGUCCGCCGUCCUAGUGGCCUUCAACGAUCCCUCGAUCAUGAUUCGCAACGCGGCGGCGCAGGAUAUUGUCGCGUUCCUGGGGAUCCUGGAGCCUAGGAACUGGCCGGAGUGCUUGCAGCAGUUGGUGCAUAUGCUGGACGCGCCCAAUGUAGAUCAACAAGAGGCCUCAUUCAACGUCCUCGAGCGCGCGUGCGAGGACUACCCAAGAAAGCUCGACGUCGAAAUCAACGGCACUUGGCCGUUGGAAUACAUGAUCCCCAAGUUCAUUGUCCUCUCGGAGCACCCGAACGCGAAGAUGCGCGCACACGCGAUCGCGUGUCUCUCGUACUUCGUGCCCAUCGGCUGUCAGUCGCUCUUCGCGCACAUAGACACGUUCAUUGCGUGUCUUUUCAAGCGUGCGUCGGACGAGGAUUCGGCCGUGCGCAAGCACGUCUGCCAAGCGCUUGUCCUCCUGCUCGCGUCGCGCCCCGAGAAGCUUAUGCCGGAGAUGGCCAACGUUGCCGAGUAUAUGCUCUACUCCACGAAGGACAAACACGAGAACGUCGCGCUCGAGGCGUGCGAGUUCUGGCUCACGUUUGCGGAGGACCCGGAUCUCGCGCCCUACCUCCACCCGCUUCUUGCCAAGGUCGCGCCCGUUCUGCUGGACUGCAUGGUCUACAGUGAAGACGAUCUUCUCUGGCUGCAAGGCGACGAUGAAGACGCAGCCGUACCCGACAAGGACACCGACAUCAAACCGCGCCAUUACGGAGGCAAGGCGCAUGGUUUUGAGCGAGAUGCGAACGGAGACGACGGCUCGCAGAAGCGCGUCGGCGCAUACGGCGAAGAGCUCGACGAGGGCGAGGAUGAGGACUACGACGACCUCGACGACGAGGAUUUCGCAGACGAGAUGUCGACGGAGUGGAACCUGCGCAAGUGCGCUGCGGCGGCGUUAGACGUGCUCGCAGUUCGCUUCGGCGCCGAUCUGCUCAACGUGCUUCUCGAGCCGUUGAAGACCAAGCUGUGGAGCGAUGAUUGGCUCCAGCGCGAGAGCGGCAUCCUCGCACUCGGGGCGAUGGCAGAAGGUCCGGAACCAGUCACAUGGGAGUCUCAAGGAUCGGAUUCUGACAGGCGAUCCGCAGGGUGUAUCGACGCCAUCGAGCCUCACCUGCCCACACUGGUCCCGUACUUGAUCAACACCUUGAACGACCCCAAGCCACUUGUGCGAUCUAUCACAUGCUGGACCCUUGGCAGGUACGCUAGUUGGUGCACACAGCCGAUCUCACCGGAACACAAGAACCAAUUCUUUGUCCCCACGCUGGAGGGGCUUCUCCGGAUGGUCCUGGACAACAACAAGCGCGUCCAAGAAGCGGGAUGCAGCGCCUUCGCCACGCUCGAGGAGGACGCUGGGCCCGAACUGGCUCCAUAUCUGGAGCCCGUAUUGCGGAACCUUGUGUUUGCGUUCGAGAAGUACCAGCACAAGAACAUGCUCAUCUUGUACGACGCCGUUGGCACUCUCGCCGACGCCGUCGGCUCGGCAUUGCAGAACCCGACAUACGUCGAGAUACUCAUGCCGCCACUGCUCAAGCGGUGGUCGAAGCUCAAGGACGAUGACGACGACCUCAUUCCACUACUUGAGUGUCUUGCAUCUGUCACGAUCGCGAUGGGCCCGGCGUUCCUCCCAUAUGCGGCCCCGAUCUUCGACCGGUGCCACACAAUCGUGCACACCUCCCUGCUUCAAUACCAAGCUUACCAGCAGAACCCCGAGAUGGACGAGCCCGAUCGUUCUUUCCUCGUCGUCGCGCUCGAUCUCCUUUCUGGGUUGACGCAAGGUCUCGGAACCGCGCUCGAGUCGCACAUAUCGGGCAGCCAACCGAACCUGCUCGAGCUCCUCACCAUUUGCCUGAAGCACCCUCACGCGGCGGUGCGGCAGUCGGGCUAUGCUCUCGUGGGCGACAUGGCCAUGAACUGCUUCCCGUUGCUUCGGCCGCAGGUCUCCUCGAUCAUGCAGGAGCUCAUCGCGCAGCUCGACCCAGAGCCGAAGGUAGAGUUCAUCAGCGCGUGCAAUAACGCCGCAUGGGCAGUUGGCGAGAUCGCGCUCCGGUUCGGUCGCGACGAGGCUGACUUCCAGCAAUGGGUCCACCCCCUUGUCUCGCGGCUGAUCCCUAUCCUGCUGCAUCCGAAGGCCCCGCGGAGUCUGCACGAGAACGCGGCGGUGUCGAUCGGCCGGAUCGGCCUGAUGCACCCCGCCCUGGUCGCGCCGCUACUGCCCGAGUUCGCGCAGGCGUGGUGUCAGGCGCUCUACGAGAUUCGGGAUAACGAGGAGAAGGACUCCGCGUUCCGCGGGCUCUGUACUCUCGUGCAGACGAACCCGGCCGGGAUCACGAAGAGCCUGCUGUGGUUCUGCAACGCGAUCGUCCGGUGGAACCAGCCGUCGCCGGAGCUCAACAACAUGUUCCAGCAGCUCCUCAACGGGUUCAAGCAGCAUGACGCCGUCGGCUGGGCGGCGCAGGUCGCGACGUUCCCGCCAGUCAUCCAGGAGCGCCUCGCGACGCGCUACGGCGUGUAGGCGCCCACAAACGUUCUGUCAUCCGUCAUCCCUCCUCGGUCGGUCAUGGCUUCUGUGCUCUCCUGCUUCGUCGUCGCUCUGUAUCAAAGAAUUUGCCUGUCUCGGUAUACAUCUCGCCCCACUGUUGUCCUCGCUCCCUUUUUACCUUUACAUUUGCGCAUCUGCCAUCCCCCGCCUCGUCUGUCCCUCACUCCAUAUCCCACAAGUCUCCGUCCGUGUUCGCAUUACGUACAUACCAUCUCCCGUCCUCGUCCACCAUCCAACAUCCGGAUCCUCUUUACGUAGUGUAGUAUUCACCUUCGCUCACCCGGCCUCGUCUUUAACGCCUUCGCAUCUUCCCCCUACGUACAAGUUCUCUCGCUUGAUUUUACCUACGUGUGUGGUCUCGUGUCUACAAUGUGUUGCCCAAUGUCCAUCUAGC